AUGACUUUGUCUGGAUGGAUUUUAUCGCAAGAGAACAGCUUAUACGAUCACGGCUUCGUCAUAUUCCACAGUCUACCACCUCGCAUGGCAAUCCAGGAAAUGCACAUGCAUAUGGCAUGGCCUGAGAGUGCCUUUCAAGCACCCACGGCUCAAGACUGUUUUGAGCAAAUGCAAAAAUGGCUUCAGCGAUGUUCGCUGUCAAAUAUUACCGUUUACAAUGCUAUCAGAGUGUUCUGCAAGAGCGAGAUGACUGAAUACAUGGUGGGACAGUUUGCUGAUCUUGGCCCUCUGAAUCUAUUUGCGGUUGUAGCUGGUAAGAAAUGA